GAAAACGUGGGCAUUGCGAAUAGAUAACAUUGUUGGGACCAAACGUUAAGGGCACUCAGUAUGAAAAGCCUGUUUCUUCUUUUAUCCAUUGUCUCAGCCUCAAUAUCCGAACCUGCUGACCUUGAAUCGAGGCUGCAGGUUCUUGAGGUCACCUUGAAGAAACAGGAAAUUGAAAACCGUGAAUUAAAAGAAGAGGUGCGCUCAUUGAAGACUGACAACCGGCAAAUAUUGAUACAGCUGGCUCUGAUGAGCGGAGCUACACGUGGGAACAGGCACGUGCUCACGCAGCGAUUGCUUCAUCAAGAUUCGCCUAUUGAUGGGAUCGGUUUCUAUGCCUACAUGUCUAAGGAUGAGCCUGACCCCCGGGGUCAUCACACCCUGAUCUAUGACGUAACGCAGACAAACCUUGGGAAUGGCUACAAUAGAAAUACAGGUGUUUUUACUGCUCCUCGGGACGGGCUUUACUCUUUCACGUGGUCUACACGAGUACAAUGCUCACUCGCUCACACGACGGACCUCAUCAUCAAUGAGAGGAUCAUGGGAAGCACGUAUGCAUAUUGUGGCUAUAACACCGUGACUGGUCACGUGGUAGCAAUAGUCAAUCAAGGUGACGUCAUAUUCGUCCGAACACAUUCCACGUCUCCAGGACAAGGCGCUAUUAAAAGUAACGAAUUCGGUCGAUCGGCUUUCUCCGGAUUUCUAAUACAAUAAUUGCUACACUUUAUAAUUGCAUUACUUUAUAAUUGUAAAAUAAAGUAUUUCCACAAAAAAAGAAUAAUAAUUGUUCAAUU